AGGCUGGUUGGGCGAGCAAGCAGGGUACCUGAGACAGCAGUACUGGGGAAGGGCAGGCAGAGCUGGGGACCCCCCAGGCUGAGGCCUUGCUAAAGGCCAGGGGAGGUACUAGGGCUACAGGGAGGCAGGUGGGGCUGGAAAGGAAGCAAGUCCAAACCCCCUUGCUGAUAAUGAGUGACCACUUCAGACAGCAGUUUGCCCCUGAGGGAAGGGGCUAGAUGAGGCCUGGUAGUGGGUCACUGGGGCAUAGUGGUCUUAGAAGAUUGGGGUUCCUGGGAAGGGGAGAACCAGAGUGUCGGGGCACUGCUGUAGGGCAGCCCCCCAAAGUAAGGGGCACUGGAGUCUGGGAGGGAUGUGGGGCCUGAAGUGCUAUAAGUGGUGGAGAUCAGGAGGAAACAAGCAUUGGUAGGAAGACAUCAGUCAGCAGGAGGAGCUCCAAAGCUGGAACUGAGUUAAUUCCUGGAUGACCAGCAGGAGGUGCUGGUGGCUGAAGAAUAAUGGCUACCUUCAACACACUGAUUACUGGCAUUGCUGUUGCCAGUUUUACCAUAUUUCAGCUUCUGUUCCAUGUUCUAAGUUCUUGGGCAUCAACAAGAAUAACUCCUGCUUUUAAUAAUCUCAACCAAAAAAGGAAGAUUGAAUGGAAUUCAAGGACCGUAUCCACAUUCCAUGCUUUGGUGGUUGGUGCUUUUUGUGUAUAUAUCUUGUUGUAUGAUGAAGCUGUUAAUGCUGACCAUGUCUGGGGUGACCCUUCAAUUGUGAAACUGAAUAUUGCUAUUACCACAGGCUACCUCAUUUCUGAUUUGUUUCUUAUUACUUACUACUGGAAGGCAAUUGGUGAUAAAUUUUUUGUAAUUCAUCACUUGGCAGCUCUGUAUGCCUACUACUUUGUACUGGAUGAAGGAAUGUUGGCAUAUUUUGGUAACUUCCGUCUGCUUGCAGAGUUCUCUACUCCUUUUGUGAAUCAGCGGUGGUUCUUUGAAGUGCUGGGGUACCCCAGGUCUUCAAAAGCCAACAUCAUCAAUGGGGUGCUGAUGACGGUCGUGUUCUUCAUGGUGAGGAUUGUAGUCAUGCCUGUUUAUUAUGCCAACGUCAUUUCUGUGUUUGGAACAGAGGCUUUCCACAGAGUAGGAAUUGCAGCCCAAAGCGCCUGGAUUAUCUCUAGUGUUGUCUUGGAUGUGAUGAACUUGAUGUGGAUGGUCAAAAUUACAAAGGGAUGCUACAAAGUUAUUUGUCUCACUAGACAAGAAGAAGUCAAAAUGUGUAAGAAUGGAAAAUCUGACUAGAAAUCAUAUAUGUAAAACUGAACUUCUCUAUAAAGAUCAUUUGGGUUCAUUGAAACAAUACACACUUUUGCCAUAAAAUGCUCCUUUAAGGAAACAAGGUAUUGCCUCUUUAUUGAUCUUAACCUUUCCCUUGCCACACUGCCUGCAUGUCCAGGGUCACUUCAUUUAAAGACAAUCCCACUCUAUGGAAUGGGAAACAAUGGCAUAUGACAUACUGUAUAUAUAGGUUCAUACAAAUGAGUCUAGCUUGUGUUCUAAGCACUUAAUUGACAAAUGAACUUAAAAAGGAACAGACUGAUUAGUUGGUGGUCUUCUAUCAGUAUGUUCCUAAAAUGUUUUCACUCAGGUUUCUCAAUGUGUUGUGUGUGGCUUUUUUUUUUUUUUUUUUUUUUUUUUUUAAAAGCCUGUGAAUGUUAAGAUCUUUUGUUGUAAGUUAUGCAGAUAUGGCAAGUUUCCUGCCAUGUUUCUGUGGUUUCUCUUAUUAGUAUUUGGUGUUAACAAUCAAGAUUUCAUCCUUGACAACUUUUUUUUUAUUUUUUUGCAACAAAGGCUAAGAAUUUAGCUUUGAUGCUAUGAAUAUUUUACUGACUUUGUUGCCUUAUGCAUGGACACAAUCUUUUGGGGAUUUAUGAAUACGUUAUACCAGUAUCUGUAAAACUGUUUAUCUUUUAAAAAAAUCUUUUAUGUGGAGGGACGGCUGUGCUAAUGUCCUUCUAGUAGUAUUACUGUUAAAUCUGAUCAGAAUUCUGAUCCAAAGUUACCAUGAUAAACAGUGUGUGGAAACAAACUCCUUUUUACUACAGUGCUCUCACUGUGAAGGCGGCGGCUGCUGCUGCUACUACUACUUUUGAAAAGUAUUGCAACUCUGCUUCUAAAUGUAUUAUUAUUAUUAUUAUUUUAACCAAGAGACUUCUAGGGUGUAAACAACUUAAGUAUAGGAGACUAAAUACUUUUGUAUAUGUGGCUAUGUCACAGUAACCCUCUCCCCUCCAGAACUGCCACCUUAGUAUGAAAAUGCUCAUAUUGUGUUCAAAUGCUCAUAAAUAUGUAUUUGUCAUUGUUUCCUUGUUGUGCAUAUGCCUGGAAAUUUGAGGUGCUCGCCAAAGAAAUCCCAUCUUAUAAGCAAGAAGACUUAUCAGUGGCCCCAACAGAGAAUAGUUUCUGUUAUUCUCUUCAAAACUGUUGAGAAGAUUUAUAGAGUGGGUCACAGAAGCAGCUAACAUUGGUAGGGACAACAUUCUGUUUUUGGAUCCACAUAGUCCUUGUCAGAUAUUCUGCUUUCUCUUCAAUUCUAGAACUUCCAGUGAUGUCCAUGGGAGAUGGGGGAAAUUUGAGAAUGUGGGAAGAUCAGAAUAUGGAAGAGAUGCCAACCUGAGAGAAUUUUGUUUUCUCUCAUAUAACUGUUGUGGAGGGGCUAGAUGUUUUGUGGUGGUUUUUGUUUGUUGGAACAAUGCUUUCUUCACUUGAUUUGUCAUCACUUGUAGUUUGUGAUACCAUCUGCUAGUAUGUGCUGCUGAAACUGCAUUUUCACUCACUAGUGUGGUGCUAUUACGUAAAAACAUUGUAGCAAACUAUUCAAGCAACUUCUUUUGUUAACAUUUAUCAAAUUCUUGUCUUGUUGGGAUAUGUGUUUUUGUGUGUGUGUGUGUGUGUGUGCUGUUCUCUUCUUUCCUCUAAACAAAUGCAGGUGUCUGGCUAUUAGUUAGUGUAGGCUAGAAGGGAGAGCUGUAAAACAAACACACACUUUCCAGGAACUAGCUGUCCCUUUAUGAUUUACUGAGGGCUUGUCUACACUUACAGCUUCACUGUAGCACUUAGUGAAGACACUGCCUACACUGAUGAAACAGCUUCUCCUGUUGGCAUAGGUACUCAACCUUCCCAGGAGGCAGUAGCUAUAUCAAUAGGAGAAGCCCUCCUGUUGACAUAGCACUGUCGACACUGGAGGCUAGGUCGGUAUAACUACAUCGCUCAGGGUGUGGAUUUUCCACACCCCUGAGUGCCGCAGUAAUACUGACAUAAGUUUGUAGUGUAAAUCAGGGUUGUGUCUCCCUAGGUCACCAAGAAGACUCCACAAACUGCUAGCAAAGGUCUUUUGCGUUGUCUUGCCGUAUAGCCAAGGCAGUUGUGGCUAAAGCAGUUCAGCUCUUCUCUUUGAAGAGUAUAAUAGAUCGUUAUAUGGGUUGAUAUAAUACUCACUUUUACAGGCAUAGUUACAUUAUUUAACAGUAAUUUUUUUUCAGCAUUAUCUUUAUUUUUCAAUGGGUGGGAGGCAAAGAUUGCUAAUGCAUUCAGUUCCUUACACUAUAUUCUUGGCAGUCCCGUUGCUUUAUUAUGUAGAUGAGUUGUUCAGUCCUAGAAAGCAUAGUAACUGAAGUGUGUGUUUUAUUUUCUUGAAUUAGCACAUUGUUUUUUGUCUUUGGUACCAAUAAAUUCAUAUUAUCAGUCAAUUGCCCUCCAUUACAUUUUUUAUUAAAACAAAGGAAAACCUUUUUAUCAACAUAUAGAUUCAGAUACUUUUAAAAAUAGUGAUUUAAUUCAAUAUGUACACCAAGGCAGUUCUAAUGUAUUAGUGUUCAAGAUGAUAACUAGUGAAAGAGAGGGUUUUUUUGGUAAUCUGAUUAAUAACUAAGUUUGCACAUUUGUAAUAACUUUUAUGUUUACAUUUUGGUUUUCUCUUAGCCAGUUUCAAAAUCAGUAAUUGAGUAGACUCAAGCACUUUGGAUAAAACACACCUUGAACAUAGAAGUAUGGUGUUUACUAAUUCUGAAAAUACAGUAGGAUGAAACAUUUUUCAUAAGGAAAAUGAUUUUACAGGAAGUAAGGACUUCAUGACAACUGCAUUGGAAGUCUAUCCUUUUUUAAGCGUUCAUCUUUAAUGGCAUUUGAAUCCUACAUACAGUAAAUUAAAUUCCUAAUUUCCAAUGUAGAGUCUUCACUAAAGCUAUAAACUUUAAAAUAGUCUAUUCCCUUGUAUUCUCCAUUAUACAUAAAUCUUGGAUAGUGACUAAGACUCAGGUUUAUCAUAAAAGUAUGAAAGAUUAUAUUAAAACUAGAUUGGACAAAGUCCUAGAAAAUACAGCAUGGGGAACAAUCUAUAGUGGAAGAGGAAUGGGCUAGAUGACCUACUAAUCCAUUUGGUCUGAAUAGCUUUUAUCCUCUAGGAUUCAAUUGCAUUGUAAAAGAAGAUCAGCAAAUAUAUCCAACCAUAUUUGCUAUGUCCAUUUGGUUUGAAUUAAGUUCUGAUUUAUUUUAUUUGGUGUUACAAGGCUAUACUAUAACCACACAGCAGUUGUGUGCUAGAAUAAUUUUUAAAUGGUCAUGAUUGCCAAUGUAUUGGGCAAGGACAGAAAUAUACAGAUUGCACAUAUGUGAUGGACAGAAUACACCUAUCCUUUAUUUUUAGGGCUCCUUCACAGGCCACUAAGAUUAUAUAUGAUGCAGCAUAUUAUAUAAUACUGAAACCAGCUGCUGUUUUUGUUCCUCUACUAGACUCAGUUUAGUUACAUUUCUCUAUCUGAAGUAUCAAUCUAAAACUGAUUAAACUGAUUAAAACAGAUUAAAUUGUCUCCUUUAUUCAAAAUAGAAUUGUUGCUAGAAUUUCUGAUCACAAGCAUCUGUCUUGUAAAGGACUUAUGAUUAAUAUCUAAUACACAUAUGCACCUUAGUCUUGCAAAAUUCUAUAGGUCUGUGGUGAGCAGCAUGGAGUUUUUUGUGUUUUUUUUUUUUUUUCCCCUGGGCAGGAGGAGGAGGAGUUGCAGGGUUUUUUUGGUGGGUGUAUGUCUGGGGUGGCAGAUCUGAAGGGGUGUGUGCAGACAUUCAUUUGGGACUAGAUUUUUCUCCUUAGAAUUUUGCCAUCCUAGGAAGUAAAAAGAAGUCAGUGAUUCCCUCUUUGAGCUGAGAGGUAGUAACCUGAACAGCCCAUUGCAAAGCACAGCUUAUUGUUUGCCUUUUCCCCUGCCAUCUUUGCAUUCAGCGAGCUCUACUGGCUGAUGUGUUAAGAGAAUACCACGGCACUUCCCCUUAUUACAUACGUGGCACUCAGUGCUGUAGAAGAGACAACACUGAGGGUAUGUCUACAGUGCAAUGUAAGCCUGGGCUCAGACUCAGGCUUGAGCGCUAACCCCCCUUCUGUCUACACACAAAGCUAAGGCCAGUAAGCCCCUGGAUCCAGAAUUUAGGAUCCAGCAAGAGGAGUUCAUCCAAACACAAGCCCCACUAGUCCACAGUGCAUCAUUAUGUAGUGUGGAUGUAGCUUGGGCCUGGGUCCCCCAGACUCAUGUCCUGAUAGUCUGCCAAUUCUAUCACACAGUCCCAUGGGCCAAUGUUCCUUGUUCUUUCUAUCUCAAGACUAACCAGCUGACUCCCAGGAAAUGGAAGCCUCCCCUUGUUCAAGUAUAGCUGCUCAGUGUUUAACAUUGUAUUCUGAAUGCUGAGCUGCAGACAACAGAAUGAACCAUCUCCUGUGCUAGCUAUGGCCACCGAUAAGAAGUCCAUUGACAAACACAUUGUUCCCUGAUGACAGGACCACAGUCAGAUAUUGGUUAAUCUCUGGUGUGAGGCAAGCAACAAGUUUCUCUUCACUACAAAAUUGCAGAUGAACUGGCAGUGUGCAGGAUUCACCGGACUGGUGACCAGUGCUGCAUCUGGAUUAGGCAGCUCAAGACUAUUGGAAAGCCAGGGUUGAAAACCACACCUUUUGGGAACUCCCCAACAUCCUGCCUCUUUAAUGAGGAGUUUGACUGGGUGUUGGCUACUGCAUCAAGCACGGAACCAACAGCAGUUCGAUAGCCUGGUCAGCUGGGAUGGUGACCUUCUGACCCCUGAACUACUCCUAUACUAGAGGGGAACCAGCAGGCACCAGAUCAAGCUAGUGAAGUGACUCUGGUGCUCACACUGGUUUCCAAAGAGGUUCCACCACCAGAGCAGCUGCAGCACAUGCUGGGUCCAUACUCCAAGGAGCUGUUUGAUUUUCCCCCCCCCACUCCCAGGGAGGAGCCUGCUGCAGAACUAGUAGAAACUGCAGAAACAGAAGAGACAUAAGUAGCCCCAGAGCCUGGUACAUUUCUGGAUCCAUGUUUCUUGCUCUUAAUAUAGGAAUGGGAGAAACUUCAGAUUUAUGAUCCAAUGCAAAAUGUAUUACAAGUAGGGUUGUCAAUUUAAUCGCCGUUAACUCACACGAUUAACUCAAAAAAAAUUAAUCGCAGUUAAUUGCACUGUUAAACAAUAGAAUACCAAUUAAAAUAUAUUAAAUAUUUUUGGAGGUUUUUCUACAUUUUC